CGUAUUUCAACAGGUUGCGUGGACAGCAUAUAUACCCGAGUCAAGUACUAUUCAACGCGUCACACGGCCAAGGCCACACAGUAGAGCCCUUGUCACACAGCCGAGCAGACUACGCAUCACAGAAGCAACUGGAAGACCGAAGCGUCCCCUCCUUUCACUCAAAAGCAAAAUGUUCAGUAUAAGUGUUCGCUCGAUCUCGAGAGCCAUAAGUGGCAUCAUCUGCCUCGCGAUAGUCAUCUUACUAAGUCUCCAAGCGCAGUUCUUAAUCCCCAUCAUAACGGAAGAUGGGUCUCCAUUCACACCAGCAGCCCGCACCAGCUCGGCCCCCCAAAAUUACUACACCCUCCUAAACAUCACCGUAAACGCCACGGAGAGAGAUAUCAAGCGCGCUUACCACAGACAGGUUCUGUUCAUCCACCCCGACAAGCUGCAGAGGCUCAAUGCCUCUGUACGAGAGGAGGGAAAGCGCCGAUUCGACGCGAUGACGCAGGCGUUUGAGGUCCUCACGAGCGAUCGUCGGUGUAAAUAUGAUUUGGAUGUCAUGGGCGUUGGCCUUGGCCGAUACUCGCGCUGCUUGGAGGAUCGGUGGGAGCGGAGACGUGCAGAACGGGCACGAAAGGUAGCGGCGGAACACGAGCAGGAAGCAGUUAGAGAGGAAGAAAGAGAGGGUUACCAAGGUAUUUAAAAAGUUCUGAAGUCAUUUAUCUCCUUCGUCGUUGGGUUUAAGAUCUUACACGAGUUGAAAUUCCUCCUCUUUCUGGUAGUUGGGUACUGACCCAAAGCGGGUAAACAGCUGAAAUGGAGCCACCGUAUUCUCCUGAAGGCUUGGUAGCUAUUAAGUCACUCUGGACUUGGUUGACAGAGGCCUUUUCCGUCGCUUACCGGAUGCUCGUUGAUCUAGCUAGGUUUUUCAGGCAACUGUGGUGAAUACAAGUGGUGUCGAGCAUUCAAAUUUGUUCUUUCAGGGAGUAGAAUCCAGUUUGCUACUGGCUGUUUGACUCCUAC